UGCUUAUAUCAAAUGGAAAUGUAGGAUGACAAGACAUAUACCUAUCAUUCACGAUGUUCACAUUAAUGGAAUUUAUUGUUGUCACGUGUAUUUGUUUAAUAACGACCAGUGGUCAAGAUGGUCGAUGUGACGGUCUGCUGAUGUGCUGUCGAGGAUUUGAAUACAUUAAAGAAGAAAAUAUAUGUUUGCCGUGUAGAUAUCCAACAUUUGGAUUAGGAUGCAGAGAAUACUGCACUUGUUCUAAGGAGAAUUGUAACAGGUUUAAGGGAUGUUAUAAAUCAGCUACUGAAAAGAAUAUAAAAGCGAGCACAGCAGUGAAAAUUGCGGAAGUAAUAUCAGGAAUCAUAAACAACCCAUCAUCAACGACAUACUUGGUGGACAUAACAAAGUAUGCGACUAGAAAAAUCAUUGGUAUGGAUUGUUUGAAAAGAUGAAUGUAUAUAACAAGUCAUUGAUAUUGAAUUCGAAUUAGUAUCAAGAAAGACAUCCAUCAUCGUACAAUGGUAAACAAUAUUGGCCUCUGAAUUUAUUAUUGCUUUUUUUUAUUGACAAGUAUUUUAAAGGUUUUGAGUUGAUAUGUGAGCCAUUUCUUAAGAUUAAAAGUACAUUCCUUACAAGGAAGACAGAGUCCUUUAGCUGACAUAUUUCAAAAACGGAACAAUGAAAACAAAAU